AUGACCGUUUUUGUGAAGAGAUCAACAAAUUUGAUGAUAAAAAUUUCUAGGGAAUCUAGCAGAGGAUACAGAGAAGGAAAGAAGAGAAGAAAGAUAUGGGAUACUGAAUGCACACUUUUUCCAGGAGAGAGCAUGUCUGGCUUGAGGAAAGAAGAUGCUGCGACUUCUGUGGCGAAUACAUCCCUUUCUAAAGCAUGGCUUAACUGUGGUGAUGGCUUUCAAAGUGACUCUGUGCCACCGAUUAUAGAAUUGUCCACUGAGAUGGCUAUUAUGAAGAAGCACCUUGAAUCAUCCCUCAAAGCUAAGGAAGUGGCUUCUCCAUCUGGAGCUUCAAAGGGACCUUCUGACAUUAUAUGGAGCUCCACUGAGAGUGACCUCUCAGAAGAAGAUAAAGAGAUACCUUUUCAACCCAAGAAACAUAAAAGAUGUUCUCCCAACAGAGAGAGGCAGCAUACUAGGAAUAAAUUAGGUUUGGAUGACAGUAGCAGUGAAGGUGAACCUCAGUUCAUUGACUGGGAGAACGAUAGUGAUAGUAAAGAAGAUGUUGGUAAAGAAUGUCCUGAAUUUGAAGAAAAUGAGAGUUCUAUGGAAAUAUCAGAUUGCAUUUCUUGUUCAAGUAGCAGUCCUCGGCCUAGUGAGGAGAGGGAACGUGACUUUUCUCAAAUAAAGUCAACUGAAAUUUUAGAAUAUUCCUCAGAUGUUGAAAAAGAAGAAGACAUGAAGAGUGCGUUACCCACCAAUUUAGAAUUUGAUCACAAAUACCACUUAAAUUUUGAAUUAGAUAUUGGACAGGACAAAGGAAGACCUGCAAGUGACUGGCUAAAAUCUGCACAGGUCCUUUUGUAUACACCCAAAAAAGAAACAGAUAAGAAUCCUAGGACUCCAGAAGAUUCUGCAAAGAAAAAUAAAAAGAAGCUAUUAAGGGGAGGACUAGCAGAAAGGUUAAAUCGAUUACAGAAUAGAGAACGGUCCGCCAUAACUUUUUGGAGGCAUCAGAAUGCUACUUCCAACAAAACACUGCCAGGCAGAAAAUCUGGAGUGUUGGUUGUAAAGAUUAUAGAGAUGCAUGAGGAAUGCACAAUGCAGAUCGCCAUCUGUGAGUUGUUAGAGAUGACUCCUGCUGACAGCUCUUCUAAAGAUGCUGUCCUAGAUCCUAGGACCCAACUCAAGGUUCUGUUCACAAAGGAAACUGCAGCUCACCUGAAGGGAAGUCCACAAGAUAUCAUCCAUAUCUACCCUCCUUGGCAUAAGCUGCUUCUUCAUGACAAAAGUGUUCCGAUUAUCUUGAACACGUACUUUUGCCAGAAAGUUGUUGUCAAAAAAGAUUCAGAAAAACCUGAUAAAAUGCACUGUCUGAGGAUAUUGCCUAUAAGAAGAAAAAUAAUUUCCUUGGCUGAGACAUUUAGAUUUAAAAGCCAAAUAGGUGACAUUGCUCAGGAAUCAGAAGGACAUAAGGUAAUGUGCACUAAUGUUACUACUACCAAGACAGAUGAACCCCACGACCUCCAACAUACAAAACAGAACAUCCCAGCGCAGCUCUCUAUAAGUGACUCUCUCCUGGAUGUGGUUGAAAGCCAGGGAACAGCCAGGUGGAAAGGAGUGCAAGUGCAAGUGGUUGUGCAAAGAGUAUAUUAUCUUCCUAUAAGAGAUGUCUCCAAAUAUCAACAAGGAAACACCUCUGCCCAGUUGGCUGCCCCAUUGGGAAAUGCAGACCUGCACAAUGCUAGAUGCUGCCUUCUUGUUCAGGAUGCUUAUGGAGUAUUCAGUGAAAUACAUUUGGAAUCCCCCUGUUCUCCUCCAGAGGAUAUCACUCAGCACAGCAGACAGUGGGAAGGAAAAUCCUGCAGCCUGGGAGGAAUGAAGAUCUUACAGAGGACCACCAGAGGAAGGGCAAUGGGACUUUUUAGUCUGAUUGACAGCUUGUGGCCUCCAUUAAUGCCUUUGAAAAUUCCUGGCCAAAGUCAAGACUAUGAAGAGAUGAAAGCUGAUCAGAAGCCUCCCGGCUUCUGUUAUAUCCUCACUGCUUGUCCAGAGCCUGGAGAAGUUGGUAUAAACGUGGAAAGCACAAUUUCUAAUAUCUACCGGCCCCCAUCCAUCCAUUCCUUAAAAGAUAUUCUUAAGGCAGGUGCUGCUGGGGCUCGUCGUUGCAGCUUCCAUGCCAGAGUGAUAUAUCAAAGACUCCAGUUAAAAAGUACUCUUCCUCUGGACCAAAGAGAAAUUUGGCUGAUGGUGACCGAUGCCACACUGCAACUGGAAAAUGGUGACCUCCCAAAGACUGUGCCUGUGUGUGUGACCUCAUCAUGCGUCAUCACUCCUGAAGUUAUGGAAGCCCUCACCGAUGCCACAUCACAUACUAUCUUCUUCAAGGAUGUCCUUCAAGAAAAUGGUAGGAUUAUUUGCGUUGAACGAACUGUGCUCAUGCUUCAAAAGCCCUUUUUGUGCACGGCUGAUAGUGCUGACACCUCUGAACUGACUGGCCCAGUUAUAUUAGAUGAAUUGGAUUCUGCCACUCAAGUGAACUCCAUUUGUAGCAUCCAAGGCACUGUGGUUGAUGUGAACGAGAACACUGCUUUUUCCUGGCCUGUAUGUAACAAAUGUGGCAAUGGGAAACUGGAACAGGACUCAAAAAACAGAGGAGCCUUUCGCUGUGUCCAGUGCGCCCUCACCGUCACAUCUCCCCUUGUCAGAAUGCACCUAGAAGUGGUUUUGGCCUGCCCUUCCAGACCACAGAGUACCGUGAGAGUCAAGCUGUUGCAGAGAAGUAUUUCUUCGCUCCUGAUGUUUUCUUCCAGUGAGGAUGGGACUUACGAGGUGAAGAGCGUGCUGGGCAAGCAGGUAGGGCGGUUACCGUGUUUGGUCCGGGCCAUCACCAACCACCCAAUGAGCUGCGUUGGAUUGGAGGAAAUUGAACUUCUCCAAGCCAGAAGAAACUGAGAAGAGGAUUGCCUCCCCUUAGCAGUCAAUGAACUUUGCAACGUGCUUACAAAGUAGUUCUGUGGUUACACUUUCACGAAGGACCAAGAAGAUAUAUGGUUCUUCCAAAGAGAAUCCUGAAAUGCCAUUGAUUUUCCAUUUUUCUGGGACCAGGUCAGAAAAAUGGGUCCUAAUGAUAAAAAUACAUUUCCUACACCAUCAUUGUGUUGUGUCAUCAUCUGCAGUGCAAGCAACAGGUUAUUGGAGUUUAAAUGUUGCUCUAAACGGUCUAGAUUUCUAAAUGAAUUUUGAUCAAUGUUUUCACCUCAUCAGCUAAAUUAAAUUUUGAUACAGAGUUUUUAAAGGUUCCCGUUGGACUAUCUUUUACUGUGUUCUAAGGAUUGUCUCCCCCCAUAGUGCUCCAUUGAACAUUAUCUCCUGGAGAAGCAUACACUUCUACUACAAUAAAUAUCCAAAGUUCAGGAACUUUGUUAUUUUUAGAAAAGGCCCAACACACUGUGGCAAAGGUGAAGCUGAAGCUGUUUCCCGUAAAAUGUAGAUAGUUAACCAGUCUGCAAUCAUAGAUCUACUGUAUUAUAAUAGAAGUGUAGAUAAGGAGUUUUACAGCCCAAUCAUACCGCGAAAUACGGACCCAGAACAAAGAUUAGGUAGAUUUAAAUGCCUGUGGGCAAUAUUCUAAGUAUGCCCAACUCCCGAGAUUCCCCUAAACCUGAAAGGAAGAUAAGAAUGAGGUUAUCUGGCUCUUCUUUUGUGGGCAGUGAUUAAAAUUCAAUGUGAGGCCAUGAACUAAUUCUUUGCCCUCUCCUAAGAUUUUUGGUAUAGCAGUGACCAGAAACAUCACCUUACUCAGUUUAGAAUAUUUAACGAUUUUGCUUAAGGAAAAGUCAACAGAAUCAGCUAGACCUCAGUGACCUUUUUCGAGCUUCCUUGUGUUAAGACCAAGAAAAGGUAGCAUGGCCCAGCCCCCCCUCUGCUCUCUUCCUUCUUUAAAGGAACCGGUUGGCCCUUUUCACUUUUGCCCAGGCCUGAGCCUUGCCUCCUGGUCCGCAGGUUUUCUG